AUGGAUCCUUCGGAGCUCAAGGGAUCUAUCUACUUUGCCCUUCAUGGUGCUACAAUUCCUGCUGAUCAGCUAUAUGCUCAAGGCAGAUCAAAGAAUGUGUGGGAGUCUCCAAAGGGUUGCCUUAUGUUUUCUUUUACUCUAGAAAUAGAAGAUGGUCGAACUGUCCCUUUGAUUCAGUAUGUGGUAGGUCUUGCUGUGACAGAGGCAGUGAAGUCUGUUUGUGACAAGAAGGGGUUGCCUUACACUGACGUUAAGAUAAAGUGGCGAAAUGAUAUAUACUUGAAUAGCCUUAAGAUUGGAGGCGUUUUGCCUCAACGUACCGAUCAAAGAAGUUCGAUGUCAGUGCUGGUGUUGGACUGA